UUAUAACCUCCAAAGAUUACAAAACCCACAAAACCGAGGAAUAAGAACAAUAUUUUCUCUUAUUUUGUAAAGAGUUCUUUCAUAAUCGUAAAUUAAAAACAUAAACAAGCGAAAAAUAUAAUAUAAAAGUGCCUUCUAUCAGAAGACAAUGAAUAUAGCUCGUACAAUUUGCACAAUUCGCAGCAAGAAUGUCAGCAAAAAAGUGUUCAGAAAUUUUCGCAUAUCUUCCUCAAACUACGAUUCAACACAAGCAUCGCAACCUAAAGUGCAAGAAGAAAAAUACGAUUUCGAAGACUUGAAGGUUAUAGAGCGAGCGGAGAGCAGAAAAGCUGCGAUACCGCCUUUUAUGAAGAAUGUGUUCGUAUCCAUAUUUGACCGGGAGUUGCUAGCUUAUCCUGAAAUUUUAAAUAAAGAUGACAGUGAAGACUUGGAUAAGAGAGUGUCUAGACUGCAGGCGGUGUUUGGGAACCCGGAGAAAACAAAAGAAGAGCGUCAAGAAGUGUUAAUACAGAACCAAAUGUAUGCCGCGCCUGUAUCUUUAACACUCGGUGGGUUGGCCAUGAAUGUAACAGAGAGUAUAAGAUACCUAGAAACAAUAUCAUCAGAUCUUCAACUGGGUCAACAACUGAGCGACCACUGGGUAGCCCUGGAGGCUUUAAAGGCCGGUCUCCGAUCAGAGCAGUUCCGACAGAUCUUGGACGACCUGGUCUCUGGAGAGAAUGUGGUUUCCCUGUGUGUUAAGGAGAAGCUUGCUGAGAGGAUAUCGCAGGCUGAUUUUAGGACCACUGCGGAGAUGGAUGGACAAGAAAUAUGGAGGAUCUCCGGUGAAAAAGUUUGCAGUGCCACUUCCGGCUACUUCUUAGUCCUGGGCAGUUCUGAAGCGGGCAGGAUCCGGGCGUUCCUGGUGCAUCCUGGCGCUGCGGGCGUGACGGCUACUGGGGACUUUGUCACCUUCCAGAAGACACCGGCUACACCCCUCGAUGAGGUGACAGAAGCGGCCCUGGCACAAAUCCUGGGUGCGUCGCGGCUCCACACGGCUACUUUAUGCCGCUGCAGCCUCCAGCGCGCCAUGCUAGCGGCCACCGACUAUAUCAGAGACAGGGCUUUCAAUGGUAAACCACUAUCCGAGAUGCCAAUGCUCCGUUCCACCAUAGGUUCCACUCUGUUGGACAUAUAUGCUUCAGAAAGUGCAGAGUAUUUCACAGCUGGCUUACUAGACGGAUAUCUUAACCCCGACGCUGAGAUAGAGAUGGCUAUGUGCAGAAACUUCAUAGCGUCCGCCGGGCUCGCCAGAAUUCUGGACCUCCUGUCUAUCCCUCCGUUGGAGAACCAAAAGGAGUUCAGUCGGUACCUCGAGGAUAUGCGCCUGCUCACGUUCCGGGGGGAGAACAGAGAUGGCGUUAAUAUAUUCAUUGCACUAAACGGUAUCCACCAUGCCGGCAAAGUGAUGGCAGAGGAAAUAAAGCAAAUCAGAAACCCGCUAUUCCACCCCAGCUUCAUUGUUAAGAAGGUCUUCGCCAACAGGCAUCAGGAAAAAGACGAUCCCAAGUUGAAUCUGUAUUUGGCUGAGCAUUUGCACCCGUCGCUCCGACCGGCCGCCGAGCAGUUAGAAUACAGUGUGCUGAGAAUGAGAUUCGCGUGUGAAACUAUCAUGUCGCGGCACGGGAACAAAGUUGGAGAGGCGUUCACUGAACUGAACAGAUUGGCAGAGGCUGCGACAGAGAUCCUCGUCAUGACUGCCGUCCUCGCUAGGGCUUCAAGAUCCUACUGUAUUGGGGUACGCAACGCCGAACUAGAGAUGAAACUAGCAGCAUGCUUCGUUGAGCAAUCCAGAGACAGGGUGCGGAAACUCAUUAAAGAGUUAGAUGACGGGGAAUUCAUUAAUUUAGACCAUUUCAAGCUACAGUUUGGCAAGAGAGUCCUUGAUACCAAGUCAGCUGUCGUUGAAAAAGCGACUACCAGAGUGUUUUGGUAGAAUAAAGUUGAAUAAAUGUUAUAAAUU